AUGACGAAUUUUCUAAUUGAUUAUGCGAAGAAAAAUAUGGAGAAAUUGUUAGAUGGAGCGUUGAAAGAAUUACGUUAUAUAUGUUGUUUCACUUGCAUUGCAAAGGAGUUUGAAGAAGAAAAAGCUUGGUUAAAAGCAGAAAGGAGAACAGUUAGGCAACGUGUUCAGCUUGCAAAAGGAAGAGGAGAAGAUGUUCAAGCUAAUGCUCUUUUUUGGGAAGAAGAAGUUGAUAAGAUCAUUGAAGAAGACUCCAAAACAAAACAAAAAUGCUUUUUUGGAUUAUGUCCGGAUUGUAUAUGGCGAUACAAAAGUGGAAAGGAAUUGGAAAAUAAGAAAGAGAAGAUAAAAAGAUUUGUGGAUACUGGAAAGGAACUUGCAAUAGGUCUUCCUGCCCUGCUUCCAGAUGUUGAACGAUAUUCAUCCCGACACUAUAUUUCUUUUAAAAGCAGAAUAUCAAAAUAUAACGAGCUUUUGGAUGCAUUGGAAGAUGAACAAAAUUAUAUAAUUGGGUUGCAAGGGAUGGGGGGCACAGGAAAAACUACAUUGGCCAAAGAAGUGGGUAAGAAACUUAAGCAAUCCGAACAAUUUAAGUACGUUAUUGAUACGACUGUGUCAUUUUCUCCAAAUAUUAAAAAGAUUCAAGAUGAUAUUGCUGGACCCUUGGGAUUACGAUUUAAUGAGUGUAGUGAAUCAGACCGACCCAAAAAACUAUGGAAAAGAUUAACCAAUGGUGAAAAUAUUCUUCUAAUAUUGGAUGAUGUUUGGGGAGAUAUUGAUUUUGAAGAAAUAGGGAUUCCAUAUAGUGACAGUAACAAAGGUUGUAGAAUUCUUGUAACCACACGCAAUAUGCUGGUAUGCAAAAGAUUAGGAUGCAAUAAGACAAUCAAGUUGGAGCUCUUGUCUCAAGACGAUGCAUGGGAAAUGUUCAAACGACAUGCUGGUCUGACUGAAAAUUCAAGUCAAAGUUUGAUCGACCUGUGUUUUAAAAUUGCAAAUGAAUGCCAAGGAUUACCAAUUGCAAUUGCAAUUAUCGCAAGUAGUUUGAAAGGAAAACAACAUCGCGAAGAAUGGGAUUUGGCCUUAAAAUCCUUGCAAAAGCAUGCACCAAUAGACAAAAUUGAUGAUGAUGACGAUGAUGAUGAUGAUAAUUUGGUUAAAGUAUAUGAACGCUUAAAGUUUAGCUAUGAUAAUAUGAAGGAUGGAAAGUCCAAAAGGCUAUUCCUUUUGUGUUCUGUAUUUCCAGAAGAUGAAGAAAUUCCUACAGAAAGGUUAAUCAGACUUGGCAUAGGAGCAGGACUUUUUGGGGAAAAAUAUGGCAACUAUAAAGAUGCUCGAAGUCAAGUAGUUAUAUCCAAAAAUAAACUCCUGGAUUCUUGUUUAUUGUUGGAGGUCGAUGAUGAUAGAGUGAAAAUGCAUGACUUGGUUCGUGACGCAGCCCAGUGGAUAGCGAACAAAGAGAUUCAAACAAUAAGGCUGUAUGAUAAAAAUCAGAAGGCAAUGGUUGAAAGGGAGAAAAAUAUUAAGUAUUUGUUAUGCGAAGGAAAGCUAAAGGAUGUGCUCUCUUGCAAGAUUGAUAGUUCAAAGCUCCAGAUUCUAAUUGUCAAUAUGCAUGAGGAUGGUGAUUUCUAUGACCAGAAAAUUGAAGUCCCAAAUUCAUUUUUUGAAAAUAUUAGUGGCCUUCGUGUUUUUUAUUUAUUUACUGAUCUUUAUCAACUACCUCUAUCAUUGCCUCAAUCAAUUCAGACGUUGAAGAAUAUUCGAUCUCUUCUUUUUUAUGCCGUUGAUUUAGGUGAUAUCACUAUUUUGGGAAAUCUGCAAAGUCUUGAGACACUUGAUUUGGAAUUUUGUAAAAUUAAUGAAUUUCCAAAAGGAAUGGAAAAUCUACCGAAUUUUAGAUUGUUGAAACUGAGAUUUUGUGAUAUUAGUUGGAAUAAUCCAUUUAAAGUGAUUGAAGGAUGCUCCUCACUUGAAGAGUUGUAUUUCAUACGCAGUUUUAAUGAUUGUUGCCGAGAAAUAUCCUUCCCAUUGUUACAAAGAUUUAUAUUAACUGAUGAUCCUUUUCCGUCUGAUAAUGAUUCAUUAUCAAAAUGUGUGUCUCUUAUACAUCAAGAACAUUUACUCUCCAAAAGAACACUGAAGGACUGUAUUCAAGCAGCAGAGGCUCUUAGACUAACAGGAAUCUGGUGGGAAUGGGUAAAUAUCAUACCGGACAUUGUUCCUAUGGAUCAUGGUAUGAAUGAUCUAGUUGAGCUUACAUUGAGUUGCAUUUCCCAACUUAAGUGUCUCGUUCACAAUAAGCAUGGUAAUUCUCAAGUAACAACUGUCUUCUCCAAGUUGGUUAAACUACAAUUGAUAGAAAUGGAAUGUUUGGAGGAAUUGUGCAAUGGUCCUCUUUCCUUUAAUUCUCUCAAGAGUUUAGAGUAUCUGUCCAUCGUGAAAUGCGAUCAAUUACAAAGGAUAUUUACAUGCAACCUAAACCUUUGCAAUCUAAAGAGCUUGAUUUUGAUGCAUUGCCCGAUGUUGAUCACUGUAAGUGAGUUGACUACGUCUCGUAGCCUAAUGUCAUUGGAGGAAUUGAAAAUAAGUAAAUGCGAGAAAAUUGAAUACAUAAUAGAUGAAAGGAAAGAGAAGGAAUCGAGAGGAGAAAUAGUUGAUGAUGAAUGCAUGAGGAGUCACAAACCAAUGUUUCCAAAACUUAGAGAUCUUCAUAUUGACCAGUGCCAUGGAUUAGAAUUCAAAUUUCUGUUUUUGUCUAUUCAGGAUCUUCCGGCACUAGAAUCUUUAUCAAUAUCUUGUCGUGAUCAGUUGCAAUACAUAUUUAGCCAAUAUGUACAACUUGGUUCUCUAAAAAAUAUGGAUCUUCAGAAUUUGCCAAAUUUAAUAAAUAUUUUUCCAAAAUGCCAUCCUACCACAUCUUCUGGAGAAGCUUCCAAGCCGGAAAAACAAUUAGAACCUAUGAAAGGCAGUAUCUUUUUAUGGACGAAUAUAUGUUGCCUUGGUAAAAAAUACAGACACAAAUCAAUGACUAACGCAAGUACUACACUUUCCCUCAAUUACCUUUCAUGGAUAAAAAUUGAGCGAUGUGAAAAAUUGGAAUUUGUGUUUUCCACAUCUACAUUAAGGUGCCUACCACAAUUGAUUUUUCUAAAAAUAGAAGAAUGCAAAGAGUUGAAGCAUCUUAUUGAAGAUGAUUUGGAGAAUGAAAAAUCCAUAACUUUUCGGUCUGCAAACCCAUACUUUCCAAAGCUAGAAAUACUUAUCGUAGGAAAUUGCAACAAACUCAAAUGCAUCUUUCAGACCUCCGUAUGUAAAGAGCUUCCAAAGCUAAAAUUUCUGAUGAUAAGAGAAGCAUAUGAGCUGCAAGAAAUAUUCAAAACUGAAGGUGAUGAUCAGAAACUCGAGAUUCCAAAUCUGAAAGUUGUAUCAUUUAUCAAUCUUCCAAACCUCUGCUAUGCCCAGGAAAAGCACUUUCAAGCUGUAAAGUAUCGUCUUGUACAAAACUGUCAUAAACUCUCUCUGACUUCAGCACUAAUACCCAAUAACAGUCAUGACAUGGAUGACUUUGAAGACAUUUUUCCUUACAUGGAAGGCUUAGAUUUUCAAAUAAGUGGUGAUAUUGGGUUUCUAAUGCAACCAUUAAUAAAUGUGAACAAAAGCUAUGACACCUGUAAAGAAAAACCAAGUUUAGAAAUCCCUCAAGAAUUUGCAGCUGGGGUUGAAGCUGAAGCAGCAUCAGAAUCAGAAAGUAUAUUGACUUCUUCUUCAGCUUCGGAAUCGGGAAGUAUAUUGACUUCUUCACAGCCACAGGUGUUGGUGAAUGAACAAUCAAUGGAUCAACAACAUUCACUUCAAGAAACUGAUACUACCAUUAAACCUCAGUUGGAUGGUUCUGCCGCUCCAGAUAAAACUUUAGCAGCAAAUUCGUCUACCAUUUCAGAAACAAAGAAAGAGCCACCUAUACAAUUAGUUUUUCCAAAACAGAAGAAAGAUGGUGAUUGCCAAAUAGCCACAACCUCUUUGUCCAUUGCUACUACGGAGACCAACGAUAAAGUUUCUCCGAAUGCUGAUGCUUCCAUGAAAGUAAGCUCAAAUGUUGAGGAACAGUUUCCUAAAGAUGAUAAAAUAAUAGUUUCCAAUUCUAAACCCUCUCCUAAAGGUGACCCUUCUCAAAAAGUAGAGGAGUUGAGUUCUUGUUUGCCUGUCACAAGGGAUUAUGAGAAGUUGUCUUUGUUCUCAUAUGAACUGAACUUAUAA